GCGGGGGCAAUCUCCAACAGAAACGACGCAUCCUCGCAGAGGUAUUGAACCAGCCCGAACUUCUCUGCAAUCCAAGAUCGGCAUGCCGACUUCACAUGGAGUAAUUAACCUGCGGGUAUUUACACCUGUAGCUUUGAUUGCCUGCGGGAUGUCGGUGUCAGGCUUUCCUCCAAUUAGAGAACUGGCAUCACUACGAGACACUAUAUCAUGGCUUCUGCAGAUCGCUCGUGGAGCACCGCUGCCAUGGGUACACUACUGCAAGUUGAACGGGAUGUCAAACAGCUAGUCCGGCAAAUUCAGGCACAAUAG